ACCAAAUCACUUCACUGAGCAAAAUGCCUCGAGUUAUUCGUGGCCAGAGAAAAGGUCGCGGAAGUGUAUUUAAAGCAUCUAUCCGUCUCAGGAAGGGAAAACCAAGGCAUAGACCUGUUGACUAUGCAGAACGAAAUGGCUACAUUAAAGGAGUUAUAAAGGAAAUUCUUCAUGAUUCUGGUCGUGGAGCUCCUCUAGCCAGAGUAGUAUUCCGUAAUCCCAGAAAGUUUUGUCUACAAAGUGAAUUAUUUAUAGCAGCUGAAGGAAUGUACACUGGACAAUAUGUUUAUUGUGGUAGAAAAGCAAAUUUGCAGAUCGGAAAUGUUCUUCCAGUUGGCUGCAUGCCUGAAGGUACAAUUGUCUGUUCUGUUGAACAAAAACCAGGAGAUCGAGGAAAGUUAGCUAAAGCAUCAGGAAACUAUGCUACUGUAGUUUCACAUAAUCCUGAUACUAACAAGUCUCGAGUAAAAUUACCAUCUGGAUCUAAGAAAACUGUUAAUUCUAACAGUAGAGCUAUGGUUGGAAUUGUUGCUGGAGGUGGUCGUAUAGAUAAACCAAUGUUGAAAGCUGGUCGUGCUUACCAUAAAUAUAAAGCUAAAAGAAAUAGUUGGCCAAGAACUAGAGGUGUUGCUAUGAACCCUGUUGAGCAUCCUCAUGGUGGUGGUAACCAUCAACAUAUUGGUAAACCAUCAACAGUUAGACGUGAAAUUCCAGCUGGUAGAAAGGUUGGUUUGAUUGCUGCUAGAAGAACAGGUAGAUUACGAGGUUCCAGAAAGGUACAUAAGGAAGACAAGGAAUAAAUCAUUAUCAAAUAUAC